AUUGGGGUUAUUUAACCUAAUCGUCUGCUCUACCAAAGCUGUUAAGAAAACAUCUCAACUAGCCUGCAGUACAAAUGGCUCCUCUUCUGUUGCUCCUCUUUCUUCCUUUUGCCCUCUGUUGUGAAACGAUCCCCAACGAAGAGUGCAAGAAGCUUAAUUUCGUGCCUGGGCAUAAUUUGGUGGGAGAAGGCUUUGACAUUGUGCGGAUGAAGACCACCGGAGCUUUUGUGGUGGAUGUGCUUACCUACAUGGAUGGAGGAGGGCAUGGAAACUGCACUGUGUGUGACAACUCACUACUCAACGAGAAACAGAAGGUGCCAGCUUCUGUGACCGACUGGCGCGUCAAGGUGGAGUGCCGUCACAGCCUCAGUACCAAGGUGUAUGAAUCGGCCAGCUCAGUUCUUAAGGAAACCUCCAAUUCGCUCAGUCUCGGCUGGAAGGUUGGGCUGAGUGUGCCGCUGGUGGCAAGUACGGCUGUCGCUGGCACUCUUUCCGUGUCAGCCAGGUUUGCAAAUACCCAUUCAGCUCAAGACAAGUACUCCUUCACAGGCCACACCUUCUCCUGUCGCUAUUACACAUUUCGUCUUCAAGCUAGUCCUCCAAUGACCAAAGAAUUUGCCGGUUCUAUCAGUUCACUCCCUGCUAAAUAUGACAGCAAGUCAGAAGAUGCAUACAACCAUUUUAUUUCUAUCUAUGGAACACACUUCUUGCGGGGAGUCGACCUGGGCGGCCACGUAAAGUCAACCACUGCUGUGAAGACCUGCCAGAUUUCCAUGUCAGGUCUGACAGUACACGACGUGAGCAUCUGCUUAUCGAGAGAAGCGUCUGUCGUCAUUGAGGGUGUGAAUGUGAGCGCACAAGCAGAAUUCUGCGCAGCCAGGCAAAAGAAACUGGAGAAGAAAAGCAGCUUCAGUGGCUCCUUUACCGACCGCGUCACUGAAAUAUUGGGCGGCAACGGUGAGCAGCAAGACAUCCUCUUCAAUCCGAGCGUCAAUAAUGGUUAUGGCGUGUGGCUCAAGUCACUGAAGAAAAUUCCUGGAGUGGUGUCCUACAGCUUGAGCUCAUUGCAUAUGCUCGUGAAUAAUGACCCGGUUAGAAAAGCCAGUCUGCAAGCUGCCAUCAGCAAAUACAUCACAAAAAACGCAAUAUCAACCGCUUGCCCCUCCAGUUGCAAAGUGGGCCAGCGUGACAGGAAUUGCGCAUGCAAAUGCAAUGGUCAUCAAAAAGUUGAUAAUAACUGCUGUCCGAGUCAGCCAGGAGUGGCCACCUUGAAAGUGACCGUGAAGAGUGCUGAGGGAUUAUGGGGCGACAGGUUCUCUAAAACUGAUGGUUAUGUUAAAGUGUUCUACGGAACUCAAAAGGCUACAACCCCUGUGAUUAAGAACAACAACUUUCCUCAGUGGAACUACCUGUUCGAUGUUGGAACUGUGGAUCUGAAUCAAAAAAAGGAGUUAAAAUUUGAGGUGUGGGACCGUGACAACCGGUUUGAUGAUGAUCUUUUGGGAAGGGAAUCUUUUAUCCCACAGCAAGGCAACAAUGUGCCGAAGAAGUUAACACUCAAGCACGGCUCUGUUUUGAUUUUCUACACUGCAAAGUGUGGCCCAAGUCUUACAGGGUCAUAUUGUGAGAAAUACGCUCCUACGCCAGGUGGUGAUGGUAUUCUAAAUCAUUACCAGCCAUUUGGCAGAGAGCAGCCCAUGGUGUUUAAAAAAUCCAAUGGCUUUACAAGAAAUGUGUCUUUCCUGUAAUACAACAACUGUAGAAUGUAAGGAUACUGUAAAAUAUGAAUGAAGGGCCUUCUGAGAUACCGCAUGUAUAAAAAUUGUCAUAAGCUUUUUUAAAUAUUUGGCAAAGAUUCAGUGAAAAUAGUUAUCAUAAAUGAAAUACCAUUGACUUGAUUUGUACACAAAUUUUCAAAAGCUAUUUUUUAAUAGUCACUUUAA